AGACGAAGUAGCAGCCCUCCACAAACAAACCUUUAACUAUCUAAAACAACAGUAGAGACCUCAGGUUAUAGGCCAGUUAUUCACCACACAGGAAGUCAUUUUGGGUUACAGCAGUGGGCUGCUGAACACCGACAGUCAGACUUGAAGCAGCCCAGGUGUUUUCUGUAUGUCUGUGCGAGGGAAAUAAAAACUGCAGACUAUCUAUUAUUUCUGUAACCAAGUACAUUCAAAGAAAUAGACAGGAAUUGCUGAACACCCACUGAGGCAAGUCAUCUGAAAAGCCCCUCGUUAGCUGCAGAGAGAGAGAGAGAGAGGGAACAGCCAUGAGUCUUCUGUGAUAAUGGAUCGCAACAGGACAGGCAGGAACAGAAAACAAAGAGGCGGUAACUACAUCAACGUGGUGGAGCCCGAGUACGACGUGGUGGAUGACCAGGAGGAAGUGCUAAAAGUGCGCAUACUUCCCGCAAGGCCCAUAAAUGAAGAGGAGAGAGAGUAUGCAGACAGGGAUCUUCCAAGGUCAUCGUCGGCCCAGAGCCUCUCAUCGCUCUCCACUGGUAACUCCAACCCUCCCCCACGAGAAACCACACCUACUUCAGGACCUGCUAUAAAUAGAGACCUGAAGCCAGGCAGAAGAAAGACCAGAAUAGAUAGGAGGGUACCACCGGUGCCUCCAGGAGAACAGCUCACACACAGGAGCUCUCCAUCACCUCCAGUGGAGUUAGUGAAUCACUUGCCCGGGCUGACUCUACGCGAACCCUGCAGGAGAGAUGUACAGAGAGCAACUAAACAAGUAGAAAUUAGUCCACAUACCAAAGGUCUACAGAGUUCUGAAAGUCUUCAUAACAAUCUAAGACAUUCUCUGGAUUUGGAAACUCAUACUCUAGAAACAAGAUCACAACGAAGUCAUGAAAGGGUGCCAUCGAAACGUUAUCACCAUGAGUGGCCUCAAACUAAAGAAGACUUUGACCAACACGACUUUGUUCCAAUGGAGAAGCCUCAACAGACCUACUGUGAAGAACACUGGUAUGUUGGGGCUUGUACUCGAGCAGAUGCUGAGCACGCCCUACACCUGGUAAACAAGGACGGAGCUUUUUUGGUACGGGACUGCUCUGUCAUCACCAACAGUGAGCCCUUGGUAUUGGCUGUGUAUCACGAGAAGAAGGUUUACAAUGUAAAAAUACGAUUCAUGGAGAGUUCCGGGAAGUACGCCCUGGGAACGGGACAGCGAUCAAAUGACAUGUUUGACGCUGUGCCAGACAUCAUCAAGUUUCACUCCAUAUUCCCAAUAAUGCUCAUCAGCGGGAGAAAUAUGCUUGGAAGCAAAUGCCCAGAAAACUGCGUGCUGACAUGUCCCGUAACGAAAAGGGAUGUUGCCCUGCUGCUGCUGCAAUAACACAAGAUAAUCUGUUCAAUCCCAUCUGGUUGUAAACCAAAACAUCCACUGAAGGUCAUCCUGAGCAUGUUGGGAAAGAGCUGACUGUGUAUACAAAGUGUGAAAGUGCUUGUGUCAGUUAAAACAUUUUUGUAUCUAA